AUGGCUGUUCACGCUCUUCCCCAACAAUCAACGGCAACUGCGGUUCAACUCGAUGGCACAAGUGAUGUACGACAAUUGCCUAGUCUGCAAACUCUCGCGUUAAGUCCUAAAGAGGAUAAUGCUGAGGUUCGCGAGAAAUAUCGGCCGUUUAUUCUUUCCGAAGAUGGUGCCGAGGAUUGGGUGGAGAGCCUUGAGUUGACUACUGCUCUUCAAAUGGCUGAGAAUAACCUCCGACUCACCAACCAGAGGUUGAAAGUGCUUGUACUCUAUGGAAGUCUUCGGUCAAGGUCAUAUUCCCGCCUCGUGGCCUUUGAAGCUUCACGAAUCCUUUUCCGCCUUGGCUGUGAUGUGCGCGUCUUCGAUCCCGAAGGUCUUCCGGUCAAGAACGACCGGGAUCAUAACCAUGCUAAAGUCCAGGAGCUUAGAGAACUCAGUGCUUGGAGCGACGGACAUCUUUGGGUCUCCCCGGAACAGCAUGGAAACUUGACCGCAGUGUUCAAGAACCAGAUUGAUUGGAUCCCCCUAAGCACUGGCAGUGUCCGUCCGACUCAAGGCCGGACCCUUGCCAUCGCUCAAGUCUGCGGUGGGUCCCAAUCAUUCAAUGCCGUCAACUCUUUGCGUAUCCUCGGCCGCUGGAUGCGCAUGUUUACCAUCCCCAACCAAUCAUCCAUCCCCCAAGCCUACACCCACUUCCCGGAUGAAGGUCAGCCGGGAGAUCAAAGAAUCAAGCCUAGUGGGAAUCGCGAUCGGCUGGUAGAUUGCAUGGAGGAGUUUGUCAAAUAUACCAUCCUGAUGCGGCCGCAUCUGGACCUUUUUGGUGAUCGUUUCAGCGAACGGAAGGAAAGGAGGGCCAAGGUUGCGAAGGAGCAGGCUAGCGCGGCUAUUUGA